CACUGUCUGUGUUUCUGUUUCUCUUCAGAUUGGAGAGGUUGGAGUGAGAGUCGUUUCUGAUUGAUCGGCUUCUAUCCAUGGAGCUGGUCCCUUAUUCCGACCCAAACUCUAUCCCCAGUGAUUCUUCCAAUGUCCCCUGGCAAGACAUGUUCCGAUCUGGUUCCAUUCGUAAACCUAACCCUUCCCCUCCUCCUUCUCAAUCUCUCCCUCAAGCAACCCAGAACGAUAACAAUAAGAAGCCCAACAUGGAACCAACCACCAACCUCGAUCCCUAUCAGAAAUAUCUCUCCGGCGACCCUGAGGUCCGCCUUGCUCUCUACAUCGCCAUGGCCCACGCUGGUCUCGCCUUUUCCAUCUUAUUGCUCUAUGGCGUCUGCAAACUGCUCGACGAAUAUCUCCGCCCCAUCUUGUGGGCUGUCCUCUGUUCCAUCCCUCUCAGAGGUAUUCAGGAUGCCCUCGUCGGAUUUUGGUCCGAACCCCUGAAAUUAGGUCUCACGGAGACUCUUCUCGCCGUCCCUGUCGCGGUUUUUAGGGUUUUCGUUGGUACCCUUGUCGACAUUCGCAGCGCUUCUUUCCGAGUCCUACUUCGCCGCCGUGGCAAGGAAACGAAAGCUCCCAAAAAGACUAGGAAUCGAUUCUCCAAACUGGUCCGAUUGCUUGUCUCCUUUGGCGUCUUCGUGAUCGCUUAUGAGCAGAGUGGUGGUUUGGGAUCUCUUGCGCUACUUGUUUCAGGUUUCAUGUUCACUUCUGGCAGUGUCGAUUCGACCAUGUCCACUGUCUCUUCUAUGAGGACCAUGAGUUGUCGUCGGAGCCGUAUUAGCGCAUUCCUAAUUCGUGGGAUUCGCAAGAGAUUGAAAACUAUCGUGGCCAUUGGGUUGAUUGUUGGAAUGAUCGUCGGCUUUCUCGCUGGUUCUGUUUUCUUCUCUUAUAAGAUCGGAGUUGAGGGUAAGGAUACUGUGAUAUCGCUCAAAUCGCAUUUAGAGGGGAGCAAUUAUGCAGAGAGGAUUGGGGUUAAGAAAUGGAUGGCUGAGAAUGAUGUCCCUGGCAUGGUGGAUAGAUACACCACCAAGUUAUACGAAGCUGUGUCUGAACAGAUCGAUAGUCUGGCCUUACAGUAUAAUUUGACAGAGUUUGUCAGUGGGUUCAAGCAUUUCGUUGUACCCCAAAAGGUUGAUUCUUCAGGGCCUUCUUCGGCUAUGAUGAAUCCUUCCCCCAUUGAAGAUAAGCUUGAAAGUCUGAGAAAGCAGUUUGCUAACAGAGAAUGGGGGCAGAUUUAUGCAGAGCUCGACGACCUCUUCAGGGAAUUACUCAUUACCAGGGAAGAUUUGGUCGAGAGGGCUAAAACUUUUGCUUUUCAAGGGAUUGAUGUGUUCAAACGUGUCUUUGCCAGUAGUAAAUCUCUUGUAGGUGGAAGUGCAAGCCUUGUGUUCUCCAUUGGUAACUCCAUCAUAUCUGGAGCAGCAGGCCUUCUCAACUUUGUCUCUCAGUCCAUGGUUUUCUUUUGGGUAUUGUAUUAUCUCAUUACGUCGGAAUCUGGUGGAGUAACAGAACAAGCAAUGGGUAUGCUUCCAAUUUCGAAGUCUACUAGAAUUCGAUGCGUUGAAGUCCUUGAUAAAGCUAUUUCAGGAGUCCUUUUAGCUACUGCAGAAAUAGCUCUCUUUCAGGGUUGCCUCACUUGGCUCUUAUUUAGAUUCUACUCCAUACAUUUCUUGUACGUGUCAACAGUUCUUGCAUUCAUAUGUCCUCUACUGCCAAUGUUUCCUCCUUGGUUUUCAACGAUUCCUGCCGCUGCCCAAUUGGUGAUGGAAGGUAGAUACGUAUUGGCCAUCACAUUGUCCCUGAUUCACAUUGCUCUCAUGGAUUAUGGAGCGACCGAAAUUCAGGAGGAUAUACCUGGUUACAGUGAAUAUCUUACUAGCCUUAGCAUUAUUGGUGGGAUGGCAUUAUGCCCAUCUGCACUGGAGGGUGCGAUAAUGGGUCCAUUGAUAACAACAGUUGUGAUUGCUCUAAAGGAUUUGUAUGCGGAAUUUGUGCUGGCAGAAUCCAAGGAAAACUCCGAUUAGCCAUUUCAUUUGUAGAUCUAUACUGUUACCUAGUGCGGAAUUGUGUGUAUGUUCUGAGUUCCCAUGCAAAAGAAACUUGCAUCUUCCUGCCACAAAGAGUAAACCAAUUAUUGAUUUCAGGUCCUAUACAUGUACUGAUCUCAUUUUCUUUUCUUUACACCUAGUCGUGUAUUUAUCCAAUUUUUUUUUUAAUCAUAACUACAUAUCCUAUUUAAAUUCAUCAGCAGGUUUUGUAUUGUACAUUUUUUGUAAUCAUUAUUUAAAUAUAUAUAGCAAUCCUUUGUGCUUGGUCUAGGUUUUGA